AUGGUGUUAAUGAUUGCGGGUUCGAGUGACGGGGAUAGAGGACGUAGGACACCGUAUGUGAUUGUUCGUUGUGAGCGUGGGGGCCAUUAUGUUGGCAAGAAGGUACCAGGUGAAGAUGAUCAAAGACUGGGAAAAAGGAGCACCGGUUCAAAGAAAUGCAAUUGUCCGUUUAAAUUGAAGGGGACAAAAGAACACAAGGAUGAUGAAAAGGCUGAGUGGAAAUUGGAUGUUUAUAGUGGUAUUCACAACCACAACUUAUUUGAAAACUUGCACGGACACUCUUAUGUUGGAAGAUUAUCAAAGGAGCAGGUUUCCUUUGUUCACACUAUGAAGAAAGCAAUGGUGAAACCAAGGGCAAUUCUAAGAGCAUUGAAGGAAAAGGACCCGUCUAAUGUAACUGUGAAUUGGAUGGGAGAUCUCAAUUGCAAUCAUUGUUCGUCAAGUUGA